AUAGAUCAAGCCUGCAUGCUUACAAAUGUUACUACUUUCAAAAGUACUUUUCAAGCUCCAGUAAGUAAUUGAUAAAAGAAAAAGUUCAUUGUUUAAUUUCAAAUACAAAGUUCUAUUUUUAAAAACCAUAAAAUCAUACUGAAGUUAAUCAAUCAAGGCAUCAACAAAUAGCUAAAGUACAUUCAAUAUAGCUUUACAUAGUCCAAUGCUUUAAACAAUUACAAUGUCAAAAUAUGUAAUACUCAGAAAAAAAUUAGUUUCAUUUUGGGAUAUUUUUAUUACAUGUUUUAAGAGAUUCAUUAAUUAAAAGAAAAUCCAACUUAUAGAACUUGUGAAUCAUCCUUGUUAAGUAUUCAAAUGAAUUUGACUGAUUGUGUGUUACAAAUAGUUUGUUUUUAUCAGUACAAAUAUUCAUUACUUCAUUUUUGCAUAACAUAUAUAGUUUUUGUACAACUAUAAAUCUCAAGCAAUGAAAUUAAAAUUUGAACUUUAUCUGAAAGCACUGUUCACAGAUUUUUCCAUGGUAUCAAAACGUUCGAAUUAUUAUUUUUAUUUAUCACUGUUUUAAAAUAAUUGAGUCACUUGAGUUAUUUAAAAAAUCUUCAGGGGAUAGUAACAAAAAUGAUCUCGUAGAAAACAAUAUUGCAUCAUUUGUAACAUGUGAUGACAAAGAUUUAUCUUCCAAUUUUUUGUUAGAAAACAAUGAAAAUAUUCAAAAUUCAAGCCUUAAUGUUGAAACACUAAAAGAAAAGUAUUCAAACAGUAUGGUAAAAAGCAAGAUACAUGAAGCUUUGCUAAGACCUGAAAAAGCCCCAUCACCACGUAUUGAAAUCAAACUUCAAUCAAAAGCAAAAACCUAUGAAAAUCUAUUUUUUGAAGACUCUUCAAUUUCCUUAAUCAACAUUCAAGCCACUCAACAUUCUAGUCCUAAUCCUAUAUUAAACAGCAAACAACUCAGUGAAAAUAAACUAAAUUUUCACAAGAAAAAAAUCUGCAACUAUGAAUUCAAAUUGAUUCCAAAUAAAGUCAUAACCCUCAUUCCAUCUCAUGAAUCUUGUAUACACACACAGAAUGAGAACAACAUUUGCAAAAAGAAAUUAAAAACAGAAGAUCACUUUUUUGAAACAAAUUUGCCACCAACCCAUAAAAGUAUUAAUCAUUUUUCCAUCGCGAGAAAUGUGUAUUUGCCAAUAAAAAAUCCAGAUUACGAUCAUUUUAAUACUCCCCACCAUCAAAAUUUUCCUCAAAAUAUUGCAACAAGCUUUAAAACUUCAUCACCCUUCAUUUCAUCUAACUAUGGUGUAUCUUCACCUAUAUCACCACGUGAAGAUGAUUCAUCUCCAAAUGUUUUUGAUUUAUCAUGUCAAAAAUCUCCACUCCAAGAUCAUGUUCAUAGUCCAAAGUGCGCAAAAAAUGAAUAUCCUCCAUGCCCUAACCAACAAUUUCAACCUCAAUUUGAAAAUUUUGAUGGUUUUGGACAAAAUAAUUUCAUAGACAAGUGUACAUAUCCUUCCUUGCCUAAUCCAUCCCAAUGGAAACAAACUAGUGGAUCAAGUGAAUUUACAUCUUAUUUAGAUUCUCAUCUUCAUUGCUCCAUUCCAUUGUUAGACUCACACAAUUGUUGUUGUGGAAAAUGCAAACCAAAUGGAGAAUCUAUUACAAAAAUUCAAAGUAAAUGUUUCUACUGCAAAAGAAUUCAUACUUGUUGUUGUGGGAUGUGCUCAUGUCCAAAUCCCAAUUGUGUAAAAUCUCCCAAUAAUCACCAUGUUUAUGCACAACCAAUUUUAUCUUCUAGACAAGAAGAAUCAUUUAUGAAUCAACUGAAACAACCAACAAGACCUAAACAAUUGUAUUUGCCAAGUCACCAAAAGAAAAAAUUUAAAGAUCACUACAUUGAUUGCUGUAAAUUUCAAGAUUCAUUCUCAAAAGGAAAAUCAUGCUUACAUAACUACAAAGACUUUAAAGAAUUGAAAUUCUUUUACACAUAAUUCAAUUUUCUAACAUUCAACCAUUUUGAUCUUUAAAUUUGUUGAUGAUCAAUAACAUGUACAAUUACAAUGCUGAUCCUUAAUGCAUUUUUAUUUUAUUUUAUUUAUUUUCGGUUUGAUUUUAUGAUUAAUCAUUUAAGUUUCUUAUAUUAUCUUAAUGAUACAUCCCUGCACUUCAGACCAUUCAAAAUACAGAUGAAAAAGAAUAUGUAUGCUUCAGUUUAAACAAAACUUACACAAAAACUCUAUAUCUAUAUCUAUAUAUAUAUAUAUGUAUGUACACAUAACUUGAAUAAUACUCACAAGGAAAAAACUACAUUGUUUAUAAAAAUUAUCUUUAAAUACUUCAAAGUUUGUGAAAUCUCAAACCUACUACAUGAUUAAGACAUUAACAAACCACGGAACUUUUCGAGCUUUGAUUUACAGUUUACACAUGAUUCUAUGACAUCAAGCUUCAAUCCAGUACUGUCGACAAAGUAAAGCAUGAUGUUGCACUUGGCCCUUGCUCAGACUGAGAUAUUCAUUCACAUCAAAAUAGACAACUGGGUACAUGUGAGAUGCACAAAUACCGUCGAUUAGACUUCCUUUUGGCAUGAACAAGUUUUCAACUACAUAUCGUUGUCUGUCAUGCAGUUCAACUUAAGACUGCUAAUUAUGCAAAUACUGGCUCAAGUGAAAUAGUCCAUAUUGACAAAGAAAUCCAGU